AACGGAGCGCGCGGGGACCCUACGCCGGAAGCGCACCUUACGCCUCUGUUAUGAGAGAGCUUUUGUAACAUACCGUUUAUAUUUGUUUACACUGCAGGAUUACAUCAGAUUGAGCUGACCACUCCAGAGACACUAGACACAGUGAAGGUGACCCUUCACUGGCGCACACAAAAUGCUUCCAGCGAGCAGAUAUUGCACUAAAGCCCACAGGUGUGUGCGUGCGUGGAGGACGGUGCAGACAGAACAUGUGUGUCCUCAGCUCUACACAGCUCUGCACAGAAGAGGCUGCUCCUCUGUGGCCCCUCGCAUUACCACACACUACACCAUCCACCCCAGAGACAAGGACCCCCGAUGGGAAGGGGUGGAGAUGGAGCGCUUUGCAGAUGAGGCUGAUGUGGUGAUCGUGGGCGGAGGUCCGGCGGGUCUGUCUGCUGCCAUCCGCCUGAAGCAGCUGGCCCAGGAGCAGGAGAAGGAGCUAAGGGUGUGCCUGGUGGAGAAGGCCUCUCAGAUUGGAGCACAUACACUGUCAGGGGCCUGUCUAGAACCCAGCGCCCUCACAGAACUCUUCCCUGACUGGAAAGAGAGAGGGGCCCCCCUCCACACUCCGGUGACUGAAGACAUUUUUAGCAUUUUAACCGAAAAACACAGAAUACCUGUUCCCAUAUUGCCAGGGCUGCCCAUGAGGAACCAUGGUAACUACAUCGUGCGCUUGGGCAACCUGGUGCGCUGGCUGGGGGAACAGGCUGAAGAACUGGGAGUGGAGAUCUACCCUGGAUACGCUGCUUCAGAGGUUUUGUUUCAUGAAGAUGGGAGUGUAAAAGGAAUUGCUACUAAUGAUGUGGGCAUUGCCAAGGAUGGAUCACCAAAGGAUGUUUUCGAGCGAGGGAUGGAGCUGCAUGCUAAAGUCACCAUUUUUGGAGAGGGCUGUCACGGACACUUGGCUAAACAGCUGUACCAGAGUUUUAACCUGCGAGAGAGCUGUGAGCCACAGACCUACGCCAUCGGUCUGAAGGAGGUGUGGACGAUCGAUGAGAAGAAGUGGCGCCCGGGCCGAGUGGAGCAUUCUGUGGGCUGGCCCCUGAACAGGCACACGUACGGGGGGUCCUUCCUCUACCACCUCAACGAAGGAGAGCCUCUGGUGGCCCUGGGCUUUGUGGUCGGUCUUGACUAUUCCAACCCAUACCUGAGCCCAUUCAGAGAGUUCCAGCGCUGGAAACACCACCCCUUUGUGGCCCCCACAUUGGAGGGAGGCACCCGCAUCGCCUACGGAGCCCGUGCCCUCAACGAAGGAGGCUUCCAGUCCAUCCCAGAGCUGACCUUUCCUGGUGGGCUGCUGAUCGGCUGCAGUCCCGGCUUCAUGAACGUUCCUAAGAUCAAAGGCACACACACAGCCAUGAAGUCGGGCAUGCUGGCUGCAGAGGCCGUCUUCCCCAAAGUCACCGCGGAAGACAUUAACUCUGAGACCGCAGGUCUGCAUGUGCCGGAGUACAGUGAAAUGUUGAAGAAGUCAUCCAUAUGGAAAGAGCUGUACUCGGUAAGAAACAUCCGUCCGUCCUUCCAUAACUACUUCGGUCUGUAUGGAGGUAUGGUCUACACUGGCAUCUUCUACUGGAUCCUCAGAGGCAAGGAGCCCUGGACACUCAAACACUGCGGCCUCGAUGCCCAUCAGCUCAAACCAGCUAAGGAUUGCACCCCCAUUGACUACCCCAAACCAGAUGGCAAGAUCAGCUUUGACCUCCUCUCCUCUGUGGCUCUGAGCGGGACUAACCAUGAGGGGGACCAGCCCGCCCACCUCACCCUGCGCGACGACAGCGUGCCCGUCAACAGGAACCUGGCUGUGUUUGACGGGCCCGAGCAGCGCUUUUGCCCCGCGGGUGUGUAUGAAUACGUCCCCCUGGACACCGGAGACGGCAUGCGGUUACAGAUCAACGCUCAGAACUGUGUCCACUGUAAGACGUGCGAUAUCAAAGACCCCAGCCAAAACAUUAACUGGGUGGUCCCUGAAGGUGGCGGCGGACCUGCUUACAACGGGAUGUAGAUUCUUUUUUGUGUACUGAUUGUAAAUGUGUUCAGGAAAUAAAAUAUUUGCCAGUAUAUCGCUAUGUGCCUGGAUGUUUAAAUUCAAGACAAAUAUUGAGAUGUAACUUAUGGAGAUGGCUUUUCUUCAGAUAUGCAGUUC